AUGAGUGACGAAGUUCCUGCCACUGAUCCAUCGAUCUAUACUUCCUACGAAGCAAAGUGGGCUUCACUGCCUGAUACUGCCGAUGCCUGGCUUGCUAGAGCUCGUGAGGUAGCACAAGUAUUGUCCCAAGAUGCGGCACAGAGAGACCAAGAGAACAAGUCUCCUCGUGCAGAGGUCGCACUCUUGAAGCACUCUGGCUUGCUUAAGCUUCUGGGUCCCAAGAAAUAUGGUGGCGGAGAGCAGUCAUGGAGUGUUGGUUAUCAGGUCAUUCGAGAAGUUGCCAAAGCAGAUGGUUCCAUCGGUAUGCUACUCGGUUACCAUCUUCUCUGGUCGACCACAGCAAAUGUCGUUGGCACACCGGAGCAAAUCGAGCGAACACACCAAUUGAUCAUUUCAAACAACUAUUUUGUUGGUGGCGCGGUCAAUCCUCGAGAUAGCGACCUGAAGAUCACCUCUGACGGCGAUUAUAUCGUUUUUAAUGGAGCCAAGCACUUCAAUACCGGUGGCGUUGUCUCGGACCUCACUGUCUUGGAGGGUGUGCUGGAGGGUACUGAAGGUCAUAUCUUUGCCCUGGUUGAAACCCGACAGCCGGGGAUUGAAUUCGCCCAUAACUGGCACAACAUCGGUUUGCGUCUGACAGAGUCUGGCGGUGUUAAGAUCAACAACAUCCGAGUUCCAUGGUCUGAUGCAUUAGGUUGGGAUGCGUCUACCAAGACACCCCGUAAAGAUACUCUUCUAAUCCCAUUUGCGACUCUCCUGCUUCCAACUAUUCAAUUGGUUUUCAGCAACUUUUACCUCGGAAUUGCCAUUGGGGCUCUGGAAUUUGCAUCAAAGUACACCACUAAUGGUACACGCCCUUGGCCAUUUGGCGGAGACAACAAGGAAUCUGCCACGGAUGAGUUUUAUAUCCUGGAGCGAUAUGGUAACUUCUUUGCCCAUCUCCGAGCAACUGAAGCAUUAGCCGACCGUGCUGGUGACCAGAUCUCUGCGCUAUACAUUAAACACGGUUCCAAUCGCUCUGCUUUGACGGCAGAAGAGCGCGGUGAGGUUGCCGAAUGGGUUGCCAGUGUCAAGGUUGUCACCACGGAUGUCGGACUCCGGGUUACUUCAGGAGUGUUUGAAGUGACUGGAGCUCGUGCAACUGCAUUGAAAGUGGGACUUGACCGAUUCUGGCGAGAUAUCCGUACCCAUACACUUCAUGAUCCCGUCGCGUACAAGAACCGGGAACUAGGGCGAUUUGCACUCUUGCAUGAAUACCCAGAGCCAUCUUGGUACACAUAG